UUCAAUGCUAUCCCCUUCAUCGUGAGCCGUUCAUUGAGCUCUGGCUAUGGCGUCGUUAGCCUCCGCCUUCUCGGGCCUCUCUCUCGGAUCUUCCCUCUUCUCCGGCAGCGAUGGCGCGCUCCAGCGCAGGAAUCGAUUCCUCACGGCGCCGGCGAGGCUGCCGCUCUUCAUCCACGCCGCGCACAAGAAGGGUACCGGCAGCACCAAGAAUGGGCGCGAUUCGCAAGCGCAGCGGCUGGGCGUCAAGGUGUUUGGCAGCGAGACUGCCAAGCCGGGAUCUAUCAUCAUCCGCCAGAGAGGAACUAAGUUCCAUCCAGGCAACAAUGUAGGACUGGGAAGAGACUACACGAUCUAUUCCCUGAUCGAUGGAGUCGUCAAAUUCGAGAGGCUCUGGCCUGACAAACAAAAGGUGAGUGUCUAUCCCAAGAUCGAAGUUCCCGAGAAUCCCAACAGCAGGAGAGUGAAGAAGCGCGACCACUUUCGAGCGCUUCGCGUGAAGAGGAAAGCGAAAGAGCAAGCCAGAGUUGCGCGGCUCGUCGAGAUCUACAAGAGACCAGCUCGAUUCGUGCAGCCUCCGGCGAUCGCUGUAACUUCAAAGCAAGACGAGUAAAGUUCUCACGUAGUUCUUAUAAGAAGCUUACCACGGUCACAGUGCCGCGAUGUGUACAACCAACAUUCCUGGUGGAAAGAAAGGAAGAACAAAAGGAAAAAAAUUUGCAUCUA